GGUAGGAUGUGUGACCGUCUCUCGAGUGUUUGUUUACAUAAAUCCUGAACGUGUUAGUGACGAUUCCUUGGGUCAGUUUGGAGUGUGGUCGCGUGAGAUACUGGUGGCUGGUGUACAUAAAACAUAACAGGAAGACCUAUUGUUGUGUGUGUGUGUGUUGCAGUGUUAGUGUUCAAGACAGUGUUGUGGCGAUAGUUAAGGCGGCUGGCUAUCAGGAGCGUGUGAUAACUGAUAAGAGGAUCCACUUGUCUCGUCGAUGUCCUGAAGGAAAAACAAGAAUAUCCUAAAUCCUCAACUGAUCCUACGAGACAACGCUGCUAGCCUGGCGAAGGAUCGUCUGGUGUUAAUAAUGUGGAUAGUCAGAAAACUGUUGAAUAGCUAUACUGUGUUUAGAGUUGGCCAGUGUUGUCAUCAGUGAAGACAGUACCACCAACGACGCCUUAAGAACACAGAAAAAAACAUUAAGAAAAAAACCUUAAGUCUUUCUUAAUGUUCAAAGAGUUAUUGUCUAGAACUAAGACUUAAGACUUGGUGAACAGUACACACAAACACAGACACACACGAUACGGUAAUAAGUGUGUCAGCGAACGACACAGAAUCUGAACAUUUAUCAAUAACGUUGUGAAAGUUACAUCUAAAAUGGCUUAUAUAACGAAUAAAGAAACAUAAUAUCUUACCUGGGAUAUGGAAGGACUCAUAACCCACCUAAACUUGUAUCAGAAUAUAGUGAAGAUUACAUAGACGAAUGAUCUACACGUUGGCUGAUGAGGAUAUCGAAUUGUUUUGUGGGAAUAAGAUGAGCGAGUCCCGUGUGACGUAAUAUCAGAAAAAGUAGUGAAUAUUGUUGAUUAUAUGAAGUUAUGUGAUGCCUUAUCUUACGCUCCCGUGGUUAAUGAUAAGACUGAGUUACCUUAAUGAUGGUGUGGAGGAGGAAGAGGUUUAUCAGUGAUCUUGGUGAUGUGUUCUUGCUUGCUCAGGACCUCAUAGUGAUCUUAACUCGAGAGAUACAUUGUUCAACAUAUUCUCGUCUGCCUUAUUACCCACUGUGUACUGCUAGAAGAUGACUCGACUGGUGAAAAACACUUCGUAGUCGAUUGAUUACUGUAGUUAAAACAUUGUGUGCUGUCUCUUUGUAUCUCUCUAUCUCUAGAUAUCUGCGUCUCUCUCUUUCUCUGUACAUCUCUCAGUCUCUGUCUGUGCAUCUUUCUCUCUUCAUCUCCCUCUCUCUCUCUCUCUCUCUCUCUUCAACAUACUCGUGUCUCUCAACCACCAGGUGAUACAGUCACGAGCAGGAUCAAACGAAGUAGCUCCUGUUGUAAAAAAAAACUGCCUACAACGUCGUAAUACACAAACUAGUGCUCGGCGGCGUAAUACACAUAAACUAGUGCUCGGCGGCGUAAUAUACAAACUAGUGCCCGGCGGCGUAAUACACAUAAACUAGUGCUCGGCGGCGUAAUACACAAACUAGUGCUCGGCGGCGUAAUACACAUAAACUAGUGCUCGGCGGCGUAAUAUACAAACUAGUGCCCGGCGGCGUAAUACACAUAAACUAGUGCUGGAGGCAAGAACACGAGAAAUAAACGGUCCAUCAACACCAAAAUGCCUUUAAGAAAUACAGGUACGGAGCUUUACAGGUGAGGAGUGAAGAUCUCUUAAAGGAUAUUUACGAAGAAUGAAACUCACUAUUCGUCUAAUUUUAAUCAGAUACUCCAAGGAAUUAAGUGACUAACAGAUGGAUAAUCCCUCCUCGUAGUUAAAGGCCGGGGUGAAGCAUACGUCUAUACGCAUUACUCUGAUUAUGCAAAUUAAAUGCAGAUGAGAGUCAAUGGUCGACAGCUGUUGCAGUUACCAUAGGGGGCACGGACGUAAAAAAAAUAUAUUAAACACAUUCCCACGUACAGGUUGGUUGAUGACACUGAGAGGUGAUGGAGGGAGUACUGAUAGAAACUGUCCUGGAGAAUUUGUGUUACGUCUAAGAUCUCCAUGAAGAUCAUCAUUAAAACUAAACUACUUUGGAAUGACCUAAAAGAAAAAAAAGUCGGGUAGUAGGAUUGAAGCGCCUCUGGGAAUGGUGAUCCAGUGAAGUGCUUAGAUGAACGUUUUCAGACUGACGUUCACUUAGAACCCUCCAGGAGUGAACGUUCUCAGAAGACUUAGAUAAAACUACCAUCUCAAGGUGGCGGCCCGUCACCAUGGAGCUUCAACUGCUACUGUUACUGCUCUGCUGCCUCGCCUUCACCCCCACCUGCUGCCUCCAUCUUGGUCAGUGUGACGCCGCCCUGGGGAUGCAGUCUGGUGCCAUCCCUGACGAACACAUCUCCGCCUCCUCCUACUUCGACGCCGCCGUCAACGCCAUCUAUGGAAGGGCUCACGUGGAGGCGAGAGGAGGUGCCUGGUGCCCCCGGAACAUCAUCUACAAGGAGGGGACGGAGUACCUGGAGGUUUACCUGGAGGAGGAACACGUGGUGACCAAGCUGGAGGUACAGGGCAGGUUUGGCAAUGGUCAGGGAAGAGUUUGCCGAGAGGUACAAGUUGAGUACUGGAGGCCGGGACACGACCACUGGCUGACGUAUACUGACGGCCGCCAGCAACGAGGUGGUCAGGAGUGUUGA